CUCCCGCCCCGGCCCGUGCCCGCGCAGCCCGUGGGGAGCCGGGCCGGGGACGGGCUGUGCCUGUUGCAUUGUCCUUGGUGGGGCUGCCCGUGAGCAGCCGCCGCUAUCUGAGGCCAGGGACCCCGGCGGUGCCCUGUGUCGGACUCUCUGCCCAGCCUGAUAGCGGCUGCACCCUGCUCCGUUGCACGUCCCUUGCGGCUCCCGCCGGGGCUCUCUCCCCUUUUGUCUGUGUAUUUUUAGGUCAUUAGAGUGGAGGGGUAGGUAAUCCCCAGGCUCAAGUUCCAGAGGGGCGGGUUCUGGACGGAGGUGGAGUCACUUUUCAUUUAAAUCCCUGACUAUAAAAUGGGCUUAAAGAGAAGCGGGAUCUCAGCUGUGCUGCACAGACCCCGGCACGCAGGGUGCGUGGGGGCCCCCCGGCAGCCAGCGCCCUGCAGCACAAGCCGCUGCGAUGCUCCACUCCGUCGGCGUUCACACCUUGCAGCUGCUCACCCAGGCGGCCGCCUGCAUCCUCCUAUUUCCCCGCUUCCUGCUCACCGCAGUGAUGCUCUGGCUCCUGGAUUUUCUGUGCAUUAGGAAGAAGAUGCUGACGAUGCCCACGGCGGAGGAGGCGGCCAGCGCCAGCGAGGAGCCGCCCCCCGACGACCCCCCGGUCUGCGUGUCCGACUCCAACCGCAUGUUCACGCUGGAGUCGCUGAAAGCCGUGUGGCACGGGCAGAAGCUGGACUUCUUCAAGUCGGCGCACGUGGGUUCCUUGGCCCCUAACCCCGAGGUGAUCCAGCUGGACGGGCAGAAGAGGCUCCGCAUCCUGGACUUCGCCCGCGGCAAGAGACCCCUCAUCCUCAACUUCGGCAGCUGCACCUGACCCCCGUUCAUGGCCCGCCUGAGGUCCUUCCAGCGCCUGGCCGCGCACUUCGUGGACAUUGCUGACUUCCUGCUGGUGUACAUUGAAGAAGCACACCCGUCCGACGGCUGGGUCAGCUCGGAUGCAGCCUACAACAUCCCCAAGCACCAGUGCCUCCAGGACAGGCUGCGGGCAGCUCAGCUGAUGAGGGAAGGGGCGCCCGAUUGCCCCCUGGCCGUGGACACCAUGGACAAUGCUUCCAGCGCCGCCUACGGUGCCUACUUCGAGAGGCUCUACAUCAUCCAGGAGGAGAAGGUGAUGUACCAGGGAGGCAGAGGACCAGAGGGCUACAAGAUCUCGGAGCUGAGGAGCUGGCUAGACCAGUACAAAACCCGGCUCCAGAGCCCCAGCACGGUGGUCAUCCAAGUGUAAAAAGGACCUGGCAAGAAGCGCAGGGGUGGAG